AUGCCACCAGCGAGGAAACGACGGAAGGUGAAGAGCAUCCCGCCGACUGUGCUCGAUCAAUGCACCAUCUGCUUGGAAGAGCAGCUCUAUUCCAACGCCUACGCUCUCCUGUCGAGCAGCCUGACUUCAGGUCCAGAUGUCGAGGCACCCGCAUGCGUUCCGCCAGUACAGCACUUGGCGCUUGCGUCAACACUCGCCAUCCAUCCAUCGUUCACGAGCCGAACAGAAUCGGUCGACAAACAUGCAGCUGCUGAGGCAGCAAUGGGCUAUCUUCGAACCCUAGCCGAAACCACCAUUAUCGAGGAAAGUGGACUGAAGGAGGGGCUGAGAUUUGGAGUUGCUUCUCGUAAGACAGAGCGGACCAGAAGAGCUAGUACACGACAGGGAAAUGCGAAUGGUACAAGUGAAGAGGAGGACAACGCUCAAAUCCGCAGCCAGUACGCAGACAAGCAGUCCUUGGCAGAGAAUGCUGAAGAUUUCUGGGCCGUAGUGGGCUGGGCCUUCAACUGCAGCGUGAAAUACAAGACACGAUGGACAAGAUGGCGGUCGUGGCUUGACCUGGUUCUCGAUGUUAUUGAAGCAGAUCUUGAUGCCUGCGCGCCCGAACAAACAAAGCGGCCCAAAGGUACUGAUUUAUCAAGCACAUUGAUUGCGCAGUAUCUUUCCUCAGUCGGAGCGGGCAGGCAGAACAACCGCCGAGUCAUGCGAGCCAUUACAGCAGAUGGCAGUACGCAGAGUCUGGCACAAUUCCCAGAGAUAUGGAAGAAUGAGACAAGACCGCCGAAGAAGAAACAGGAUGAACGCCUUUCGAACAAACGCAAACUGGAUCUGGACAACGAGGAAUAUGGGGACUACUUUGACGAUGAAUCAGGCGAGGACAGUCCCGAGAGUAGAUCCAGAGCAUCGAGAUCCGGAACGACUGCUUCCAAGAGGAGUCGUCGCAGCGGAGCAUCAUCGCAUGAAAAUGCUGCGCAUGAAGAAGAAGAUUCGGACGAAACUCCUGAAGCGGCCUUUGCAAGCACGGGCGUUGAGAGCUUUGGCGGAACAGACUCAAUACGGAUCAGGCAGAGGUUUCUCAGCCUGUUGACCAGGUUCAGUCUUGCUGCACCUGCACUUUUCGUCGACACUGAGGAGCUGUUCGCACUCUUCACCGAGUUUGUGAGACCUUUACCUCUCGCCAUCUUUCAGCAAUUCGUCCUUCCAAUGAAGCCAUACUUGAACUCCGACCUGCAUGCUUCCUUCAAUGAAAUGCUCUUCAGACCAUUGACUGGCUCGAGCAGCUGUCGGGGUCUUAUCGAUCAGCGGGAGUUUGAAGCUUCAUUCGCCCAUCGCGCUGCCACGAAUACAUCCAUCAUCGACAACGCCAAGGUCAGUCUGCUUACAGAAAGCUUGCUACGCGCGCUGUGGCAGUCACACUGUCUCGACAACAACCUGUCUGGGCUUAAGACUCAGAUUGAGAAAGGCGUCCACGCACGGAAUCAAAAGAUUGGCGGCGAUGGUCGGAGGAAAGCUGGAAAGAAGGCUGGAGCUGAUGACGAGGGAAGAAUGGUCCUGCAAAGCUCGGCGGAUCGCAUGAGCGUUUUAUUGACAGUACUUGCAGGCUGA